AUGUCUGACCCAACGAUCAAAGGACUUCCUCCACCUCCUGUCAAAUACGAUGGAUCAGAUUUCCGAAUUGCCAUUGUUCACGCUAGAUGGAACGAUGCUAUCAUCAAAGCUCUCGUACAAGGAACAAUCAAUAAAUUAAAAGAACAAGGUGUUAAACAAGAGAAUAUCGUAGUGAAAAGUGUACCUGGUAGUUUCGAAUUACCUUUUGCUACCAAGCAACUUAUCGAAGCUGGAAAAGUACAAUCUUCCAAUGCAGCUCCAUCAAUGAUAGCAUCGACUACCAACUUGUUAUCACUCAUUGAUAACAGUUCGUCAUCUCAAUCUACUCCCAAACCAUCUUCUUCGGGGGGUUCAUCAGCCUCCACAGCGCCUUUCGACGCUGUUGUUUCUAUUGGUUGUUUGAUCAAAGGGUCAACAAUGCAUUUCGAAUAUAUUUGUGAUGCCGUCAGUCAUGGUUUGAUGAAAAUCCAACUCGAUACUGGAACACCAGUUAUCUUCGGUGUUUUGACAGCUUUAACUGAUGAUCAAGCUCUCGAAAGAGCUGGUUUAGGUAGAGGUGAAAAAGGUAAAGGGCAUAACCACGGUGAAGAUUGGGGUUUAGCAGCUGUCGAACUCGCUGCUCAAAACAGAGAUUGGGUCAAGGGUGUACUUUAG